AUGAACCAGCCCGAGCUAGCGGAGGUCGGGAGGUUUGACGGAGAGGAGGAGGAGGAAGAAGUAUUCGACAACGAUGUCGGCGAAGAGAACACGGAGGAGGCCAAGUUCGACGAGAUGAUCGGGGUGCUGCAGGACAUCCUGAUCGACCCGGAGUUCGUGGACAUGCAGAGCGACUUUUGUCGCCACAAUUGUGAGAUCUUCGACAACGUGUCCGAGAACAAGCUAAUCUACAUGGACAUCUUCCAGCAGUACACGGACCUUAUCGAGACGUUCAUUGAGCGGCGCCUGCACGAAAAGCUCGAGUAUUUUUCGAUGGACGAGCUGUGCAACCAGAUUCAAGAGCACGAAGACGAGAUCCCGUUGGAUGUGAUCGACGUACUGCUGAGCAGCUCGGACUUUGAAGAGUUCAAGAGCCUCAUGCUGUCGUUCAAGCAGAACGAGACUCCGUGUAUCGAGAUCACUGGCGAUGCCCUCAUCUGUUGCGGCGAGUAA